AUGAACGUGGCGACGUUUGGGUCAUCAUGUUCCCCAUGCUCUGCCCAAUACGUAAAAAAUGUAAAUGCCCAAGAGUUCUCAGAAGAACAUCCCCAUGCAGCAGAUGCAAUCAUUCGUCAUCAUUACGUGGAUGAUUAUCUGGAUAGUUUCGGAACAGUUCAGGAAGCGAUUCAGUUGGGGCGCGAGGUUAAAAUGAUUCAUGCCAAAGGUGGGUUCGAAUUAAGAAACUUCAUGUCAAACGAAGUUGAAAUAACAAGGCGAGUCGGUGCUGAAGCGGAGGAUGAGCAUAAAGCCCUCGAUUUAGAAAAAGGAGAAGGUACGGAGUCCGUUUUGGGUGUUCACUGGAUUUCAAGUAGCGAUGAAUUCACAUACAAUCUCAACAUGAGUGAGGGUUUGCGGCAUAGCCUGGAGCCCACGUAUAUUCCGACCAAACGAGAUGUUCUACGUGUAGUAAUGAGCCUGUUUGAUCCACUAGGACUCAUAUCCUUUUUUCUGAUACACGGAAGAAUACUUAUGCAGGAUAUUUGGGCCUCCGGUGCUGAUUGGGAUGAUUAUAUAAAUGCAGAACUUUUCCAACGUUGGCGGAAAUGGGUGGAACUACUCCCUCUGUUUAAUACACUACGUAUACAGCGUUGUUACUUUACUGAAGCAACGUCAGAAACCUAUGCUUCUCUACAAAUUCAUGUCUUCGUAGAUGCCAGUGAGUCAGCUUAUUCGUGUGCAGUUUAUUUUCGGAUCGAGGGUUGUGAGGGCCCAUCAAUGACGCUAGUAGCUGCAAAAUCAAAAGUUGCUCCGUUGAAAAUGCUAACUAUUCCACGACUUGAACUCCAAGCAGCCGUUCUGGGAUCUAAACUUUUGCAAAAUGUCCAAUUAAUGCAUUCUGCGCCCGUGACGAAACGAUUUCUUUGGACCGACUCACUAACAGUAUUGGCUUGGCUACGUGCAGACCCUCGCAAAUAUAACCAGUUCAUCGGUUUUCGAGUAGGGGAAAUCCUUACAACGACUGACUUACAAGAGUGGAGGUGGGUGCCCAGUAAAAUGAAUAUAGCGGACGAUGCGACAAAGUGGGGAUCUGGUCCCGAGAUAAAAGCAGACACAAGAUGGUUCCUCGGAACAGGAUUCGCGCUACAACCUGAAUCAACCUGGCCACAAUUGCCAGGGCCAUUAGUCACGACGAAGGAAGAGCUUCGAACCUGCAAUUUACAUCACAUACUCGAUCCGGCGCUGGUGGAUGUAGAUCGAUUCAGUCGAUGGGAAAAACUUCUGCGAACACAAGCGUUUGUUCAUCGUUUUAUCAAUAACCUGAGAAGUGCACGGUCGGGGGAACCAUCUGAACGAGGUUUACUUACACAGCAAGAGCUAGUGAGCGCUGAAAGAUCCUUGUGGAAACAGGCGCAACUAGAAUUUUUUCAAACCGAGAUAAAGGCGCUGGAGAGAACGCGUGGGUCGCCUCAAGCACAGCACCCUACGGUAUCAAAAUCGAGUGCACUGUACAAGCGGUGGCCCUUUAUGGAUGAAUACGGAAUUAUUCGCAAACGGGGACGGGUCAUUGUACCGUGGGUACCAUACGAAACUAAGUAUCCAGCAAUCCUUCCGCGUGAACAUAAAAUCACCUUGCUGAUUAUAGACUGGUUCCAUCGUCGCUUCCGUCACGCCAACCGGGAGACUAUUGUCAACGAGAUGAGACAAAGGUUCGAAAUAUUCAAACUCCGGUCAUUGGUUUCAAAGGUCUCACGUAGCUGCGCAUGGUGCAAGAUUAAUACAGUCGUUCCUCACUCGCCGCCCAUGGCGCCUUUACCUAAGGCUCGCUUAACUCCGUUCGUGCGACCGUUUACAUAUGUCGGCCUCGAUUAUUUCGGCCCAAUCUUAGUGAAAGUAGGUCGAAGUAACGUUAAACGUUGGAUCGCUCUAUUCACGUGUUUCACCAUCCGAGCGAUUCAUAUGGAAGUUGUGCACAGUCUCUCAACGGACUCCUGCGUGAUGGCUAUCAGACGCUUCGUAUCACGAAGAGGGGCACCAGCAGAAAUAUUUAGCGACAACGGGACGAAUUUUCAAGGGGCAAAUAAGCAGUUGCAGAAAGAGAUACAGGAACGUACCGAAACAUUGUCAUCAGUUUUCACAAAUACCACUACGCGGUGGAACUUCAACCCACCUGGGGCCCCACAUAUGGGCGGAGUAUGGGAACGAAUGGUUCGUUCAGUUAAAGUGGCGAUUGGAACGAUCUUGGAAGCCUCUCGAAAACCCGACGACGAGACCCUGGAGACCGUGAUUAUUGAAGCAGAAGCAAUGAUUAAUACACGACCUUUGACGUACAUCCCGUUACAAUCGGCAGAUGAAGAAGCAUUGACACCCAAUCAUUUUCUGCUAGGAAGCUCGAACGGAGUAAAGCAGCUGCCAGUAUCACCAAUUAACUACAAAACGGGUUUAAGAAGUAGCUGGAAACUCGCGCAACAUAUAACGGACAGAUUCUGGAGGAGAUGGCUCAAAGAAUACUUGCCGGUAAUCUCAAGGCGAUCGAAAUGGUUCGAGGAUGUUAAGGAAGUGGCAGUAGGUUUGGUGUUGAUUGUUGAUGGGGCAGUAAGGAACCAGUGGAUCCGAGGAAGAGUGGUAAAAGUAGCAGUAGGAUCGGAUGGGAGAAUUCGACAAGCGUGGAUACGAACCACAAGCGGAGUCGUACGACGCCCUGCCGUUAAACUUGCAGUGCUCGACGUCGUGGCAGAAGAAGGACCAGAUCAAGAGGACAAUAAUGGUUUACGGGCUGGGGAAUGUGACGGCGAGUAUCCCUCGUCGACAGAGAUCACCGAUCAUGGAGAGUGA